AUGCAAGUGUCAACAGUCUACCGCGCUGCUCUCCUCCAACUCUCCGUCAAUCCCCUAUUCGCACGCGCAUCAAUCCCCACAUCUCUGAUCGUCGCAUCCCAAACACAAAAUACCCGUCUCUACAGCAUCCUCUUUCCGCAGUGCCCACCAACCUACAAACCAACAUACACAAACCCAGCCUCUCAAAUCCGCACAAUGAGCGACUUUACAUCCUCCGAUUCAGCCACUACGGCCAAUACCGCGACGCAGGGCUCAUCCACCGACUCCGCAGACCAGUCCCAAACGGAACCGACCAAGGUCUCAGAACAACUGUACCUCCCAGCAAGCGAAUCGUCAGACAACGUCCAAGGAUCAAACUCCGGUGGAAUAAAACUAGACAUGAGCACCGGCGGAACAGAAAUGAAACUAGACCAUUUGGGACCGAUGGUUGUCAAUACCGAUGGGACAUUAUCGCAGAUCGGAAAUUGGCAGCAGAUGAGCGAGAUCGAGAAGAAGAAUACGUUGCGGAUUAUUUCAAAGCGGAAUAAGUCCCGACUCGCAGCUUUGAAGGCCAAGGGAGAGGGAAACGUCCCAGAAAGUGCAUCCUCAGGAUCUGGCGAAGGCGGAAACAAGUUAGAUUAA